CCUUAAAAAAAUUCCAUGAAACCGCUUAUAUUUUUGCUCAGAGCAUCAAAAUGAUUGGAGAUGUUAAUGUCCCCGUAUUACUUAUUGGCGAUUCAGCCUUUCGAUUGUCGCAUUACAUGAUGAAGCCUUUUCCAUACUCACCAAAUCAACCAGUGUUAGAAAAAACAUUUAACUAUCGUUUAUCCAAAUGUCGCAGAGUUAUAGAGAAUGCUUUCGGUCAACUAAAAGCCCGUUUUAGAAAAAUUGGCAGAGGUUUACCGGUAGCUCCAAAAAACGUUAACAUUAUUAUACAUGCAUGCUGUAUUUUGCACAAUUUUCUAAAAAUUGAAAAUGAUGAAAUUCCUUCUUCGCGGAUCCAAGAUGCUGCAGAAAUAAGUAGAGAAAUUCAACCACAUCACACUACAAGAGCAGGGGAAAAUGAUGUAACAGCAUCGGCUAUUAGAAAUGCAAUAGCUCUGAGUUUUCAUGAAGGUGAUGGUGACGGCAACGAAGGUGGCAGCGGACAUGAUGGUGAUGGUGACGGCAACGAAGGUGGCAGCGGAGAUGAAGGUGAUGGUGAAGGCAACGAAGGUGGCAGCGGACAUGAUGGUGGGGGUGACGGCAACGAAGGUGGCAGCGGACAUGAUGGCGAUGGUGACGGAGGUGAUAAUGGUGGGUCGGACGGCGGCAACAAUUGGGUUAAUGUUGAAUUCUAAAAAAAAUAAACUUUAUAAAUGCAUGUGUUUAUAUAAACAAAAUAAA